AUGCAAGCGGUCCUUAACAUCUGCCGUCGGCACCCGCAGGCCUCUGGAUUCUUCCCUGAUGAUGAUGGCGUGGCGUGCGCGCUGUGCGACCCCCAGGCGGGCAACGAAACUUCAUUUCAAAACGGGUUCUCAGAGGCCGCGUCGUGGGCGCCCGCCGCGCUGUCGGGCGGCAAGUGCGUCUGCACCUCGCCCGGCCCCGGCCGCGUGGUCGCGCGGAUGGCGUCCGGCGGCCGCCGCUACGCGCGGUGCGUCGUCUGCCCGGCGGGCGACGCCGCCGACGCGGCAGCGGGCGCGUGCGUGCCGGCUGGGGGCGGGCUGAGGACGCCUGAGGGUGACCUGGCGUAUGUUGUGGCGGCGCUGAAUGCUAAGGGCGCGGGCAUCAACCUGCAGACGGCCACACAGGCGACCAUCCAGGCAGUGCAGGAGCCGUCUGGCGCGAGCCCUGCGUACGUCAUCGACGCCUCCGCCCCCCUGGAGCGCUGGCUCGGCCCUGCGGCGCGCAGCUGCAUGGACGACGGGGACAGGCAGGGGUGCAAUGCGGUGGCAAACCUCUGCGCCCUGCAGCUCUACAGCCCUGACGCAGCGGCGUGUGCGCUGUACGACGAGCUGGUGCUUCUGCAGCAGGGCGCGGGCGCCGCGGCGCUCGCCCGGCGCGGCCAGGCCUCGGCUGCGGCGCGGCCGGAGACGGGGGCGCUGCCGUGGCUGCUGUAUGGCGCUGGCACUGACUACCUCGCCGCCACUGACGUCCAGUUCACGGCGAGCCUGGCGCCGGGCGCUGCAAAGCUGCGGCUGGUGCUGUCGGAGUUUGACAUUUAUGGGACGUGGCUGGGGCUGCGGGACUGGACAGUGCAGCUGCAGGCCUGCGGGACCGGCGUUGGCGACGCCGACGCGUGGAACCGGUUUGGAACGAGUUACACCACCAGCUGCCAAGUAGGGGUUGACUCCUUGCUGGCGAUAGCUGACUACAGCUCAAACGGACCGAGGCUGUACGACCCUUACCUGAUGCAGGACGACGGCACCCUGUACCCAGUGCCGGUGCUGGUGACUAACCGGCCGCUCGGCGGCGCCGGGGGCGUGGGACAGUCGUACGGCCACGUGCGGCGCUUCUUCUUUGUCGACGACACCCUGGCCGGCUCCAAGGGCGGCGCGGCGGCCAAGGCGGUGGUGUACCCCUCGGCGAUGGCGCUGGACGUCACGAUACGCGCGGACAGGCGCGACCACAUCACGCCGCCGGUGCUCACCAUCACGUGA